AUGCGUUCAGCUUCGAGAAGUGACGGAACAAGAAAACCCUCGAACCAGAGAGCAAAGGGGAAAAGGACGGAAAACGAAGACGACAGAGCACCAAAGACAGAACCGAGUUAUCCUACUCAGUCGACAGUCCGUCCAUCUCCGACCGGCGGAAAGGCAACUCGCUGCCGGCGCGGCUAUUUUGGUCCCACGGCCAAAGCUUCAAAGAGGAGGUCAUCAAUGGUUAAACGAAGAGGCAGACCUAAAAAACAAGUGAGUGACAAAGACAAGGGCAAUCAAAAUGGAGUCGAAGUACAGAAGGAUGAAGAUGCAUUUCAAGUUGAACGUCAAAGUGCAGCAAUUAGGGCUAUUCGUGAUGUGGAGAUUGAACAAUUGCUGACUAUGUUACGGUUACUCAAAUCAAACUUCAGCAAGGAACAGUUGCAGGUUCCCGUGCUGCAAUUUUUUAGGGAAAACUUCCCGAACAUAUUAAUUGAUGAAUCUGGUGAAGCUAAAUGGAAACACGAACUGAACAAUGCUGAUGAAAGAACACUGCAUGCUUCUCUUUUACGUCGGCUGUCGAUGGCUUAUCCUGAUUACUCUUCUGCUGGAAUCGCUUCUAUGGCCGGUGGCUUUGAGUUCUCAAAUAAAUCCGUUAAAACAAGCAUGUUCGGUGCUGAUAAACUGCAAAUCAGGAGUCUUGUCUUUGAAGAGCCACCUGAUUCACACUUGAAGGAUGGAGGCAUGAAAACUCCAAAUGUGAAUAAUAAUCGGUUAUCUGUUGGAGUAACACCCAAAACCGUAAGGCUUCCAAAGUGUGGUGAGGUUCUUCUUUCUGUGCACGGUUCGCCUCUUGGAGUUUAUAAGGAAGAUAACAUGGAAACUAUACAAGAAACGGAAGACGAUUGA